AUGCCCAGACCUACAACUAUUUUUGUUGUUCUCUUAUUGCUCCUAGUUGAUAACUCCGGUGCACAACUGGGGCAACUAUUCCAACCUUAUGUGAUUGGUCCUCAACAAAGAAAUGCUACUCGUCUGGUUCUCACUGAAGAGCUGUGCUCUCAAGAUGAAUGUAUUAUUCAAAAACAUUGGUCUCAAGAAGACAUUUGUGGUUAUGUGAAAUGUAAUAAAGAUGCAUGUGAAGGUGGUGGAUAUCUUCAAUGGUCUCAAUACAUCAAGUGUGAAUAUAGAACUGCAGUCAGGGUUAUCUUGCUGAUUGUCAGUAUAAUCUACUUGUUCUUUUUGUUUAUUGUGAUGACUGUGGUGGCUGAUGACUACUUUUCUCCAUCUAUUGCUGGAAUUGUACGGCAUUUGAAGAUCAGUGAAUCUAUUGCUGGUGUAACAUUCCUUGCAUUCGGAAACGGUGCACCUGACGUGUUUGGAAGUAUUGCUUCAGUCAUCACAACGCCAAAACCCAAAGCUGAUUUAGCUAUUGGAGAUAUACUGGGUGGUGGAAUCUUCGUCACUACCGUAGUUCUGUCAGCCAUUAUUAUCACUAAAUCGUUCAGGAUUGCGGUGCUUGCUACCGUCCGUGAUAUCGUCUUCUUCAUAAUUGCUGAUAUUUUCAUUGCUAUCUGGUUUCUGAAUUUUAAUCAUGUCGAGAUUUGGAUGCCACUCACUUUCCUUGGUCUUUAUGCAGCCUAUGUGAUUUGUGUCAUUCUGAUGAGAUUGAAUUCUCAAAGACGGAAAAAAGCGCGACACGCAAAGGCUGAGAAUCAAAGAAAAGAAAGUACAGUGAAUCAUCACUCUCAUAAAAUCUCCACCGUAAUUGGAUUUGUUAUGGAUUAUGCUCAUGUUAUAAACUUUUUCGCUAAUAAGAAAAUUUCCUCUAUGACGAACAACAUGAAAAACUUCCUGGAUGUCAAAGAGGAUUCUCUGGAAGAUGGACUCGUGGACGAGCAAAGUGACGAUGAAGGAGAAGAAGCAGAGUUCCAUAUUGCUCAUCGUCACGUCUACAAAUCUUACGAUGAAGCUAGUCUCGCAUUUACUGAUGUCGAGGAGAUUCAACCAAAAACAUGGAAAUCCUGGGAAUGGGUCAGAGAUGUCGCAAAUCAUUUGAGACCAUGGCCUGGAAAGGAUGAGUUCUUCGAGAUGAGCUACUUCUCAAGAGUCAUUUCAAUUGUGGCCAUCGUUCCCAACUUCUUCUUCAAACUGACAAUUCCUUCGAAUGAGAUGCCCUGGUCUAAACCAAUUCUUAUGAUUUAUUGUUUCUGUUCAGUCCAACUUGCUCUUUUCGCUGUUCAAAUUUCUGCCAAGUCACCGUUUCAUGGUAGUCCGGGGCUUUGGAUUUACGGAUUACUCGUUUCUGCCGUAUUGAGCGUCCUCGCUCUUAUCUUCACCCCUUUAGAUAGAGAACAAAAAUAUUAUAGGGAAGUCUAUUCGUACCUUGGUUUCCUCAUGUCGAUCGCUUGGAUCUAUACAACAUCUUCUGAGAUUAUAAACGUCAUCACAAUGAUCGGAGUGGCGACUGGAGUGUCACAAGAAAUUCUCGGAUUGACUAUCAUGGCAUGGAGUAAUUGUAUCGGAGACGUCGUUUCUGAUGUGGCUGUUGUGAAACAAGGAUUUCCAAAAAUGGCAAUGGCUGCAGCUAUUGGAGGGCCACUUUUCAAUCUUCUCAUCGGAUUUGGCCUCCCAUUCACCAUUGCCUGCCUUCAAGGAAAACAGAUCGAGCUACAGAUCACUCCAGUCUAUAGACUUCUCAUGCUGUUCCUAGCUAUUUCUCUGUUCACUUCUCUUAUUGCAAUCUUCGUUCAAAAAUUCAAGGUUCGAUGGCCGCAUGCAGUUGCACUCAUCGUAGUUUUUGUAUCUUUUCUCAUAUUCAUCCUCCUUUCGGAGACUCAUGUUUUGGAAUGGAAGUGA